AUUGAACAUUCUCCCUCCAAGCCAUCCAGCCCUCUUUUCACCUGGCAAAUAUAUGGCUCCUUUCACGUAUUACCCAUCCUUCCUUUGCUGCACCCAAUGAUAGUGCGCUGUCACAUGUCUUCCCAAACGCUCCGUUCUUCGGGUCAUGCGCAGAUGCUUUGAGCAGCUUCCAUUCAGAAGUCAGUUGUGCAGCCAUCCAAUUGCUCCGCGUCUGUCGUUCUUCAGGGCUGGAUCGAGUCAGAUAAGCUUUGUCCCAAAGCUUCCGUCCUAUAUUCCACCUCUGCCUGCGACACGAAAAUCUCUAUCGUACUCCUUCCGAAACCGACGUCAAGAUGCCCCUAGUCCUGCACCCCAGGAUGUCUCCGCUUCCACCCAGGCGAGAAGUACAAGGAAGAGCAAGGCUAUUCGAAAGAAGGACAUCAAUACAGCGAGGCCGUCGCAGAGAAGCCCCGAGGACUGGGUCGCCGAGGUGGAGAGAUUUCUUCCGAGACGCUUGAGUCGGCCAGAUGAUCUUGAAUCUCGAGCCGUCAUCCCGCCUGACGUAGAUGUUGAGGAUGUGCUUCGGACUCUCACCAGUGCUCGCAAUCAGAGCGAUGUGGAUAUUCUGGGCUUCCUGGCGCUCAAUCAACGCAGAUUCAAAGCGGUUGUUGGUCUUGUCGAAAUCUUGCUGAAGGCUGUUGCACUCGCAGCUAAUGAGCCAUUCAAAGACGAACUACCGUCCAACAUUGACUGGCCACAUGGAUCGUUUGCGAAGCGAGAUGGUGCUCCCAUUGAACUCGAACGCCCUUUGCACGUCAGCCGACGGCCUCUUGGUAGCUCUCGGCAACCUUUCGACUUCGCUUUGUCAGAGAAGAGUCAAGAGAUCACAAUGGAGCUCAUCUGGUCUCUCCUCGCCGACCUUGUUCUGGCUUCUACCAAUCGCCCUUCAGAUGAAGGGAAGCAGAUUAUGAACACCGUACAUCAGAUCUUGGCACUCAUUCACAAUCUGGGACUCGUUCCCCCGACUAUCUACACCUACUGCCUCCCUCAAGGUACAACGACUCUUCAACAGUCUCCCAUCCUUCAUCUGCUGAAUUCGAGAAUUUUAUCGACGCUCUCAGACGCUGUUUGGCAUGCCUACCAGGAUGAGGUUACUGCGCGGUCUGGCAAAACGGAGAGCAGUCCCUGGAAUAUCUUUCGAGAGCCGCCGCCUAGUCGCUUGCGACCUAAGAGGCGUGAGCUUGGGCCGGAAGUGUGGCUGGAGUUCAUCCUCUGGUGCUGUGUUGAGGCUGGAUUUGCCGCGACCGGAGCUCGAAUCAUCCAGUCGUUGCAGACUGACGCAGGCGGUCCUUGGCAAGCUAUUCAUUGGCCUGAUAAUCGAGUGCCGUCAAUAGACUGGGACCAACGAACUCGCAGGGGUGAUCUACAGAGUCAAGGCGAAAGCUACCACGGGGAACAACUUGCAGUCGACACUCCUCGAAAGUUUGUUAGCGCAGAAGUUGUUCUGGCGAUCGCUGACUGCCUGAUCAACAACCUCAACGUCUCUGUUACAGACGGCGAAGUGCCUGUCACAGAAAUCCAAGAUGAUAUCAAAGGGCUAAUAUCUUUUGCGGAACCGCAUGGUCUGGCACCUGCGUAUUUCGACUAUCUGGCUGUUCGUCUACUCCAGACUGAAAGUAUGUAUGAUAUGGACAAAGCCAACUCUCUGCGAAAGCUAGCGUCUACUAUCUCUCAGCUUCGAGCCAUGCAUUAUGUGGAGGGAACCCAUCUACAGAGUUCCGGGCUUGACUUCGAUUCCAUUCUGGAUCACUCCGAAGUGCAUGCCGGGAUCCUUCACCAGGGCCUGCAAGCCUGCAUUGAGGCGAAUCUUGUCACAAAGGCUGUCGACACGUUCACAGAAAUCCAGAAAAUGGUUGAUGGUAACAAACUUGAAGCUAUCGGAGAAUUUUUGUCGCUUUCACUCAGUCCAGAGGAUGGUUUCUUUACUUCCAGGCAUGCCAAAGGUCGAGGUGAAUUCCUUAAUACCUACGGACAGCUUCCUAUCUACAAAUUGCCUCCGUUCCUCGAUCUGGUGAGCAAUGCGGGGUUGUUUGGCUUGGGAGAUUGGCUUCUGUUCUCAGAGGAUAUCGACGGAGCCAUCUUGCCUCCUUCCACUUGGGCAAAGCGGUCUGUUACGGCUGCGGUAACGCGCUAUGCAUCAGCCAAGAACGACCCUAUUCUGAUCAAACGCAUCUACAGCUUGACCAAAAGAUCGGGCAGAAAAUUGACCGUAAAUGUCAUCAGAGCUUUGGUGGUGUAUCACGUCAAUGCGUGCGACUGGACAAGUGCUGUUCUCAAUCUCAGGGAUCUGCGGCGCGCUGAAGGUGGCGGUUACAGUCCCAAGAUCGUCGCAAGUCUUGCAGCCAAGAUUCUAGCCCUAGAAGUCGAUCCGGCGGUCAUGCGACAAGAAGAUGCUGAGUCCGAUCUUUCACAGGCAAUGCUACUGCUCUGUAAUAUUCUUGACGGUAUCUAUGACUCUCCAGCGGCGAGCUUCAGGAUCGCCCAAAAGAGGACCUUCAGACAACAAGUGGGCUACCUCUUGCGCCUCUUGGAAAACGUGGCGGACGGCGAACUUGCAGAAACUGCCACUCGCUUCAAAUCGAGAUUCCCAGUCAGUAACGAGCCGAACCUUGCGACGGACACGUUCAAUGUUCUAUUCUCCGCAAUCGUCGAAACCAGGGGUGUACUAGAAGGGCGAAAUAUCUGGCAUUUAUUCUGUAAAGAUCCAAGGGACUACCCUUCGUCAGUUCUACUGGUCGGUGGCCACGACUCUACAUCCGACGACCAUGCCACAGACAAGGACGAAGAUGAAUUCUUUGAAGGGCAAACAAAUGAUGCACGCAAUGAUGUGGUCGGUUUCGGCGAACCUGACAAAGAUUAUCUUGGCUCAAGAAUGAUUACGGUCGACUCGCCUCAAAUCUCCGACGCCAUCCAGCACGCGGGUUCUCAAAUCCCCGUUGCUUCCCCUGCCUCGCUCAAUAUAAAUUCUGCAUUGCCACUCGAUGAUUUGGACUUAGCCGGCAACCCAAGUUCCAGCACCUCUGACGUAGGAAGCGAAGACCCAGAUAUUCCUGUCGAGAUGGUCGGUAUGGACAUGGAUUCGGCACCGCCGCUUCUGAAUCCAAUUGUCGUUCCCAACAUGCGCACCUUACAAAUCAUCGUCAGAGGAGCUCUGUCUGAAAUACAAGACAGAAAGGAGCGCAAAAGAGGCCAUACUGACCUCGAUGCAAUCCUCAGAUGGGCGGAACAGUUCUAUGGGGCGUUCAACCUAGCGCGUGAGGAUAUCGAGACCGAAUUGCGCAUCUCCGAGUCCUUACCGGGGAAACUGAGGAUUGCAACCAAACAUCGCCGAGCAGCAUAUGGAUUGCGACGUGAGAAGUUCAGACUCGACGUGGGCAAGCUCUUUACCAAGGGAGUCUUUGUCCCUAGACGUCCUGGCCCUCAACAACCGGGGCAGGAGACAACCCCAUCGAAUGGGACAGAUGAUAUGACAGAAGUUGCCGUAAUUACGACGCAGGGCGAGGCUGAGGAUGGAGGUGAACAGAUUGAGCCGCCUUCUCGACCGACUUUCAAGGUCCGGAAAUUUGCUACCUCUGUCCAGCAUGCAUAGCCUUGACAUACGGAGCUGGUGCUGGUUGUGAGAUCUGGAUAGUUGCCAGGCAUGGUUACAAUGUAAAUUUAAAGACCUGUACUUUCCAUUGUACAAUAUCACCU